AUGGACACUUGCUUGGACUGCAAGAGAGUCACCGAAACUGUGAUCGACUUAAGAACCGGCGACACAAUCUGCACAGAGUGUAGCCUCGUCCUCUCCGAUCACUACAUCGACGACAGCCAAGAAUGGAGAACGUUCGCCAACGAUGAUAACUGUGACCGAGACCCUAACCGUGUCGGUGCAGCUACAAACCCUCUUCUCAAAUCCGGAGGCAUAGGCACCAUCAUCGAUAAAAGCCACCUCCAAGAACAAUGA